AUGUCAGAAUCCCGCACCCGCUCGCACUCCAACCCCAGCCCCUCCACCGUCUCCCUCACCUCCCCCUCCACCUCCACCUCCCCCUCCACCACCACCAUCAACCCCCCGCCCCCGCCCCCGCCCCACCACCACCCCACGCAACCGCACACCACCGCCUCGCCCAGCCUCACACACACCACCGCCGCCGCCGCGCCACACCCACACCCACACCCGCCCACGCCCUCCCGCCGCGGCUCCUGGCUCAGCAGCAUCUCCAGCAAGUUCUCCUCCUCCUCCGCCUCCUCCACCACCGCCGACCCCGCCGCCUCGCCACCAGGCCAACAGCCGCCCCCCGUCCCCGGCUUCCUCAUCAGCACCCUCCGCAAGCUCUCCACGCCCGGCCGCAGCGCCCGCGCAGGCGUCUUCGCGAGCGAGCGCGUGGUCCUCAACCGCGACCCCACGCGCGAGCGAUGCAGGAUCACGGAGCUCGACGGCGGCAAGCUGCGCAAGGUCGCCUUCUGCGUCGAUGUCGAGGUCGCCCCCAUCAUCACUGCCUCCGCCGCCGCCGCCGCCGCCGACAACGACAAGGACAAGGACAAGGACAAGGACAAAGCGCGCAGCGAGAAGAAGCGCCGAAAGGCCGAGCGCGCGGAGCGGCCAGAGUCAGAGGCGCCGGAGGAGCGCGCAGCGCGCAAAGAGCGCAAGAAGGAGCGGCGCGCCGCUGCUGCUGCUGCUGCUGCCGCAGCGGCCGCAGCGGGGGAGGGCGGCCCGGGAGGAGAGGCGCCGCUGCUGGACCUGCCGGACCCGCCGAGGCGGGUGGUGCAUGUGGCGCCCACCACGGACCCGGCCAGGAUCUACAGGCAGGUGUGUCAGCUGCGGGAGACGGCGAUGCUGGCGCGCGUGACGGGGCAGCUGGUGGCGCCGAUGCUGCAGAUCCUGGAUCUGAGCGGGCACCAGUUUGUGCUGGCGGACGCGGUGGCGCUGUCGGAUUUUUUGGCGCUGGUGCCGGUGAAGAACCUGCUGAUGGAGGGCUGCGCGCUGACGGACGAGAUGGUGCGCGUGGUGCUGUGCGGGCUGGCUGUGGUGCGGCCGCUGGCGGGCGGCGGCGGCGGCGGCGGGGGGGCCGCGAGGAAGGAGGAGGGGGUGGGCAGGGGCGUGAUUGAGCGGUUGAGCUUUAAGGAUAAUCCGAAGAUUGGGAGGGAUGGGUGGCGCCAUAUCAGCCUGUUUAUACACAUGUCGCGCAGCCUGAAGGCCGUGGACUUGUCGCAGAUCACGCUGCCGCGGCCGCCGGCGGUGCAUGCGCCGUCGCACCCGGGGCACCCGGGGCACAUGCACAGGGCGAGGAAGGAGCGGGCGCUGCCGCCGAACGAUACGACGGCGCUGUUUGCGCGCGCGCUGGGCGAGAGGUUGGUCGGGGUGGGGCUGGAGGAGGUGGCGCUGGGCCGCUGCGGGCUCAGCACGGAGCAGCUGGCGUGCGUGAUGGGCGGCAUUGUGAAGGGCGGCACGAAGAGGCUGGGGCUGGAGGGGAACGAGAUUGGCGAUGACGGGCUGGCGAUGAUUGCAAAGUGGAUCAAGGGCGGGGCGGAGGGGCCGUCGGUGUGCGAGGCGCUGGACCUGUCGAAUAACAGCAUACAUGACCACGUCGAUAUGCUCUCCGCCUCCCUCGCCGACACCUCGCCGCUCAUCGCGCUGAGCCUGUCGAACUGCGGCCUCUCCGCCCAAAGCCUCGCCCGCCUGCUGCCCGCGCUCACGGCGCUCCCGCGCUUCCGCCUGCUCGACCUCUCCGGCAACCCGGCGCUCUUCAGCGCGCAGCCCGACGCGCUCACGCUGCUGCGCAAGUACCUGCCGCGCCUGCACAGCCUGCGCAAGCUGCAGCUCGGCAACACGGCCAUGACGCCCGACCACGCCAUCGCGCUCAGCGAGAUCCUGCCCGACAUCCCCAUGCUGGCGCACUUUGACAUCACGGCCAACAGCCUGCUGCUGCUGCCCGCCGACGGCGGCGGCGGCAGCAUCGAGGAGGGCGCGGCCCUCUUCACGGCCCUCGUCGCGGCCGUGAAGGUCUCGAAGACGAUCGUGCGCGUCGACACCGACGACCCCGCCGGCGACGUCGUCAAGGCCCUCGCCCGCCGCGUGCUGGCAUACUGCCUGCGCAACAUGGAGGCCGGCGCCUGCGACGACUGGACAAUCGACAUGCCCUCGCCCUCGCCCUCGCCCUCCUCCUCGACGCCGACCACCACCGCCGCCGCUGCCACCACCACCACCGGCGACGCAGACCCCGACCCCGACCCCGACGCAGACGACGACGACGACCCCGACGAGAACUACGUCGUCGGCGGCACGGGCGUCGUCAAGGCGCUCGGCGUCUGUCUCGGCAACACCGCGCUCUCCGGCGAAGGCGCCCACGAGAUGGCGCGCACACUGCUCACCCGCGCGCGCAAGAUCAAGGCGCGCAUCCAGCCCGCGCUGCGCAAGGCCGUGCACGGCGAGCUCGAGGAGGCGCAGCACCGACGCCUCAUCUUCCUCGACGAGACGCUCUACAAGGUGAUUCUGCGCUUCGAGCAGGAGUACCCCGAGUGCCGGCUGCCUGCGCCGCGGCCGGCAGCAGCGGCGGCGGCGGCGGUGGUGAGCCCGCAUGUGGAUGCGGCGGAUAAGCCGCGAAGGGCGGUGUCGCGGCGGGGCAGCGAGGUGUCGCUGGCGAGUCGGUGUCUGGAGAAUGAGGAGGGGCAGAUGCAUCGGUUGGGGCACUUUAUUAAGAAGGAGGUUGUGAUGCGGCCGCAGACGCCGGAUAUCGAGCGGAUUAGGAGGGUGGUGGAGGAUAUGGCGGGGGAGGAGAUACGCAGGAAGGUGCAGGAGGGCGGGGGCGUGGAGAAGGUGAUGGAGAGGAUUGGGGAGGGGGGGGUGGCGGAGUGGGAGGUGGUGGGCAGGGGGGGGAGUAGUAGGGCGGGGAGUAGUAGGGGGAGUAGUAGGGCGGGGAGUAGGGCGGGCAGUAGGCAGGGGAGUAGGCAGGGGAGUAGGGAUACUAGUAGGACGAGGUGA